AUGGGUGUGAGGAAGAGUGAACCGCGCUGGGUAGCAGGGCGUGUGGGAGACAUAGACUUCACAGGCUCCAGCAGGACACAUGGAAAGUUUGUCCGGGUGCGCUGCUCUACUGACCCCGCCCUCAUCUACCAGCUUCUGACAGAGCAGUGGCGGCUGGCCCCACCGCAUCUAGUGGUGUCACUGGUGGGUGGGGAUGAGCAGGCACAGAUGAAGCCCUGGCUAAGAGACACUGUGAGAAAGGGCCUUGUGAAGGCAGCCCAGAGCACAGGUGCAUGGAUCCUCACCAGCGGGCUGCGUUUUGGCAUCACCAAGCACCUGGGCCAGGCUGUGCGGGACCACUCCCUCGCGAGCACCUCCUCCAAGGUGCAGGUGGUGGCCAUUGGUAUUGCCCCCUGGACCACCAUCCACAACAGGGACCUGCUGCUCUCUGCUAAGACUCAGUACCCCGCAGCCUACCCAUCAGAGGACCUCCCCCACGGCAUGGUGUACUCCCUAGACUGCAACCACUCCCACUUUGUCCUGGUGGAGGAGGACCCCGAGCGGCCAGGCAGCACUAGCGAGAUGAGGAUCAAGCUGCUAAAAUACAUUUCCCAGCAGCGCACCGGCUAUGGGGGUCCCGGCAGUUUUGAGAUCCCGGUACUGUGUCUGCUUGUUCAUGGAGAACCCAAGAUUCUGCAGAGGAUGUACAAGGGUAUUAUGAACUCCACGCCCUGGCUGAUCCUGGCAGGCUCAGGAGGCGUGGCUGACAUUCUGGUGACGCUGAUGAACAGGGGAUGCUGGGACACAGACACAGUGGAAGAGUUGCUGCUGGACACCUUCCAUACGGACUUCCACAGCAGUGACAUCUCCAACUGGGCCAAGCUGAUCCAGAAGAUUAUAGAACACAGGCACCUGCUGACAGUCCACGACCCCGAGCAAGAGAGCUCCGAGCUGGACACGGUGAUCCUAAAGGCCCUAGUCAAAGCAUGUAAAAGCCAGAGCCAGGAGGCCCAGGACUACCUGGAUGAGCUAAAGCUGGCGGUGGCCUGGAACCGGGUGGACAUUGCCAAGAGCGAAAUCUUCAAUGGAGAUGUGGAGUGGCAGGCAUGUGACCUGGAGGAGGUGAUGAUGGAUGCUCUUGUGAAUGACAAGCCUGACUUUGUUCGCCUGUUUGUGGACAAUGGGGUGAACCUGGGGGAGUUCCUGACUUACGGCCGCCUGCAGGAGCUCUAUUGCUCUGUGUCAGAGAAGAGCUUGCUUCACGACCUGCUGCUGAAGAAGCUCGAGGAGAAGCAGCUCCUGCUGGCUGCCGCCCGCACUCCUGGCCCCCCCUACAGUGAGCAGGGGGACCGCCGGCCCCGCUUCACCCUCCACGAGGUCUCCAAAGUGCUCAAGGACUUCCUGCAUGACUCCUGCAAGGGGUUCUACCAGAAGCUCCCCACAGAGAAAGGGGGCAAAGGUCGGCUCUUCCACUCCCACAAGAACCUCCCAGACCUAGAUCAGCGCUGUGAGAACCCCUGGAGAGAUCUCUUCCUUUGGGCUGUGCUGCAGAACCGGCAGCAGAUGGCCAACUACUUCUGGGCCAUGGGCCCAGAGGCUGUCGCUGCAGCACUAGCAGGCUGCAAAAUCCUAAAGGAGAUGGCCCACCUGGAGUCAGAGGCAGAGUCUGCUCGCAGCAUGAAGGAGGCCAAGUAUGAGCAGUUUGCACUCGAUCUGUUUGGCGAGUGCUACUCCAACAGUGAAGAUCGGGCCUAUGCACUGCUGGUGAGGAAGACCCACUGCUGGAGCAAAUCCACAGUUCUUAACCUGGCAACUGAGGCCGAUGCCAAGUGCUUCUUCGCUCACGACGGUGUGCAGGCUCUGCUGACAAAGAUUUGGUGGGGCUCCAUGAGCACAGACACAGCCAUUUCCAAACUGGUUCUGUCCUUCUUCUGUCCACCCCUCAUCUGGACUAACCUCAUUAAAUUCAGUGAUGAGAACUUGGACAGUGGUCGUGGAGGGAAGCAGUUUGCAGAGCUGGACAACCUGGACACAGAGAAGGCCUUGUUGCUGACCAAGGAUGACCACAUCAUGGCUCUGUGUUCCAGGCGCUCCCGACCACAGAGCACUAGGGCCGUUUGGACCCGGUUCCUGCUGAACCGCUGGCGACAAUUCUGGAGUGCACCUGUCACUGUUUUCCUGGGCAACGUCAUCAUGUACUUCGCAUUCCUUGUCCUUUUCACCUACGUAUUGCUCCUGGACUUCCGCCCCCCACCCCCUGUGGGUCCCUCUGUAGCUGAGAUUGUACUCUAUUUCUGGGUCUUCACUCUGGUCCUGGAGGAGCUACGGCAGAGUUUCUUCACUGAUGAAGAUACCAAUAUCCUGAAGAAGUUCAAGCUUUACGUUGAGGACAACUGGAACAAGUGUGACAUGGUGGCCAUUUUACUCUUUGUGGUGGGCGUGUCCUGCAGGAUGGUGGAGCACACUUACGAGGCCGGGCGCACAGUUCUGGCUCUGGACUUCAUGGUCUUCACCCUCAGACUCAUCCACAUCUUUGCCAUCCACAAGCAGCUGGGGCCAAAAAUUAUCAUUGUGGAGAGAAUGAUGAAAGACGUCUUCUUCUUCCUCUUCUUCCUGAGCGUGUGGCUGAUUGCCUACGGCGUGGCCACCCAAGCGUUGCUGCACCCCAACGACCCCCGCCUUGACUGGGUGUUUCGCAGAGUUCUGUACCGCCCAUAUCUGCACAUCUUUGGACAAAUCCCUCUAGAGGAGAUUGAUGUGGCACGGAUGCCUGAAACAAACUGCACCACGGAGCUGGAUGAAAUUAUCAUGGGCACACUGCCACCCUGCCCGAACAUCUACGCCAACUGGCUGGUCAUCCUCCUUCUGGUCAUAUUCCUCUUGGUCACCAAUGUGCUUCUGCUCAACCUGCUCAUUGCCAUGUUCAGCUACACUUUCCAGGUGGUCCAGGGGAACACAGACAUUUUCUGGAAGUUCCAGCGUUACAACCUGAUUGUGGAGUAUCACAGCCGCCCUGCCCUGGCCCCACCCUUCAUUAUCAUAAGCCACUGCCACCAGCUGCUGCUCUGUCUGGCCAAGAAGACUGAGUCCAAGCUGGAGCACCUAGAGCGGGAGCUGCCGGCUGGGCUAGAUCAGAAGCUCAUGACCUGGGAGACAGUGCAGAAGGAGAAUUACCUGGCCAAGGUGGAGCGGCAGCACCGCGACAGCAGCGAAGAAAGGCUGAGGGUCACAUCCUCCAAGGUGCAGACCCUCCUGAAGAUUGCCGGAGGGUACAAGGAACAUGAGAAACGCCUAUCAUCUAUGGAGGCACAGAUGAAGUACUGUUGUGAAGUGUUGUCUUGGUUGGCUGACUGCUUUGCCCAGAGCACACUGAAGUGUGACAGACAAGCCCCAAAAGCCCCACGCUCCAUGGUCAGCAGCCCCCGUGAACCUCAGCAAACUCCAGCCAAAGAGAAAGAAAAGGAACACCAGGAUGGACACGCUUUCAAGACGAGCAACCCCCAUGAGGCCCAACAAGGCCCAGGGAAGGUGAGAACUGGACACGGUACAGAGGCUGGACGUGGUGGAGAAUACGGCUCUAAGGUCAGCAGCCCCCAAGAGCUGCAGCAAGGCCCAGCAAAGGGUGCAAACAGGGAGGGUGAGCCAGGUUACGGUGCCAACAAGAAGCUACCCUACAUUGACGAGUAGCUCUCACCCUGGCUCUAACAGUACUUUUCAUCAGCACAGCAACAUAUGGGUGAUAAUGUUAUUAUAGGAACGAGUGGUGAUGCAUAUUUAAUGUCCUGUUCUGUGGCCCACAGUGACCUACGUGACAAGUUUUGCCCUACAGGCCACUGUGUUAGCGGGAUUCCUCUGUGGUGUGGAGAAUGCAUGAACAUGUUGCUCCACUGACCCCAUCUUGACUCAAAGUUUUAAUGUUUCAUGCAGCACAUCUUCCCUCAGAAAUGCAAAACUGGAAAUCCCUUCUGUCUUUUGAAUCCUGCAAUUUUUUGUUUGUUCCUUAUUUAAUAUUAAUUUAAUGGUUUUGUGGUUAUGGUUUGCUUUAUCAUGUGUCUUCCAAUUUACAAAAAAAUUAAA